UUUAAGUGGAAGCGUAAUUAACUUCCUGUUGCAAGGAAAUCAAAGGUGUGCUAUGUCGACAGCGUAGUGGGAAUUUCUAACGGUUUAAUUGGUCUAUUGGCAUAAAAUAAAAAUAAUCGAUGGCUUCGGACGAUGGGGGGUACCGGGUCGCAGGCUGUAUUGGAAAGGGGGCCUUUGGAAAGGUCCUUCUGCUAGAAAAUUCGGCUAGGGAUCAGGUGGCACUGAAGGUCGUAGAAUUGGCGGGAAAAGAUCUCAAAAUCAUCGAAUUGACUUUUCAGGAAGUGUGUCUGCUAGCUACGCUGGAUCACGCGCACAUCUUGAAGUUUCUAGGCAAUGAGCGAGAUGGAUUGACCUUGUUGAUUUAUACAGAGUAUUGUCCGAAUGGUGACCUCUCUGGUUACGUCAGCAAACAUCGAGGUGAGAAGAUAGACGAGAGACGCCUGGUGGAGUGGGUUCGCCAGAUUGCGUCUGCUUUAGAGUACCUACACAAUCUUCCUAAGCCGGUGAUACACCGCGAUCUGAAGAGCCUCAACGUUUUCCUGGACGCGAACUGGGACACGCGGCUUGGUGAUUUCGGAGUUUCCAGGGUGAUUGAGUCUUCGACAGACAUGGCGACUACUCAAGUGGGGACCAUGAUGUACAUGGCUCCAGAGAUGUUUAGUGGAUUGCCGUAUACUGAGAAGACUGACAUCUUUUCCCUGAGCAUCCUGAUGUAUGAGAUGGCUACAAUGGACAACGACUCCUUUGAGAACAUGAUGGAACAGAAGCAGUUCAUUAUGAUGAUCUUCAGGAUCGUACACUAUGAGGUCCCGACGAUGCCGACCGGCUACAGUGCUGGAGUUACGGAUCUUAUGAAAAUGAUGAUGCAGGCGGAUCCAAGUAAACGACCGUCGGCUGACGAAAUACUCCGACAAAAAAUCUUUAAAACCACCGGCAAGCCACCGCCCAUUACUGAUCCGCCCAAAGUGUUUGACAUUGAAGACGACCAUGACGAGGAUACAUACCUUUCAUCGGACACCCUCACAUUGAUAAACCUCAGUAUCGAUGGCGGAACGUCGAUGGGAGGGAAAGCAAAACCAGUCGACGAAAAAAAAGAUGCCGGGGCUGUUGGUGGAAAUAUGAUUGUCGAUUUGCUGUCUGCAAACCCCAUUAUGGGCUUGGUGACAAGGGUUCUUGAUGACAUGGGCAAAACACAUCUUGUUAAAGACUACCCGAAGCCCAUGAGUGAUCCGAACCUCGUUCUGAUGUCAGACGAACUUCCAUUAUCACGUAACCUCGCGCGGGCUCUCGCGUUACCUGACGACGUUGCAGAAGACAUCAUCAACUCGAAACACCUCCUCAUAGACGAGAUAAGAGUUAUGAAGAUGCUCACGUGUUUCCGGGACCGCCAGGCGAGGAGUAUCGAAGCCCUAGAGGCGCUACUGGAGGCUCUGCUGUCCCUCCGCUGUGAGAGCAUGUACAAGUACGCGAUCAUGUGCGCAAAGGCAUGGGUAAAGCGCACAGCGACGCGAAAGGACGACCCUUUCCGAUCCCAGGUGGACACACUUAUGCAGAAGUGUUAGCCUGGGUGAGAGACCAGUAGGUCUAGGAUAGAGAAAAUGUAGGUUAUAGAGCACAUAACUGUUCUAGGUCAGACACUAGUAAAUAGCAAACUAUGAUUAAACUGACAUAGGCCGUUUCUGAAUUAAUAGAAGUUUGUGUUUCUUAGCUUUUUAAGAAUUUAACAACCCUUCGCAAAUUACUGAUCAGUCAGAGUAUUCGAACUCGCGAAUAUAUUCUGUGUUUCGACGUUUACUUCAAAUGACAUAAAAUAUUGUGCGGCGAUUACGCUCUUAUACGAAAAAUGGCGUAUUUGGUGUACUCGUUUCUGGAGGCUCGUAACGAGGUUCGCGGACCCUAUAUUUGCAUUUCAUGUUUACGGUUUGGUUGUUGUGAUUUUCUUUUAAAUUGCGGUCACAUGCAUAUAUGAAGACAAUGUGGUUUAAGACCCUGUUGUGAAUAUAAAAGUAGUUAUCUAAACCUCGGAUUUGACUGUGUUGCGAAAUAAAAGCUAUUGUAUGUGCGUGACUGAAACUUGGCGACUUCUGGAUUGCGGAACCAGCGUGUAACAAUUAGAUAUCUGCUCUCAUUGUGUGUUAUUAAAGCGGAUUUAAUUGAUAUUUUUCUGUUAAAUUUAUUAACGUAAACAAUUGGUCAUUUUGUAGUAGUUAUGUAUCCAUGCGUGGUGUGAUAUGCCGAACUUUUUUAUGAAUGUUUGUGAAGUUUGUUCUAACACAUUAAGCACAGUUGUGUUUUAUUUUGACAAGGUUACUAGUUAACAAGGUAUUUAUUUUUAAUUUGUGCUUUUAUGAGAAUGUUUAUUAUUAUUUGUUAAAUGUCGGUUUAGAGGAUUGUAUUAUUUUGUAAUGUAUUGUAAUUUAUUUUUCAUUCAUUCUCACUAGAUGGUGACACUACUAAAUGUACUAUCCGUGAUUAUCGCCCGGUAUUGAUGCGUUUGUGUAACGCCAAUAUCUAAAUAAAAACGAAAACCGACA